UAGGUUUCGAGGAAGACUUUCAAUUGUCUUUGAUGUUGGUAACAGCCUGUGGGUUACCUUUAGGAAAGACUCGUGAUGGUCUUCAACGUUGAGAAAAAAAAAGACUAAAUUGUCCUUGAUGUUGACAAAAGAUGUAAGUCACAGUAGUCAACUUUUACAAAAACAGUAAGAAUCCCUAUUGUCUUCAAUACUGAAAAAAAAAAAAAUGCCCAUUUUAGGUUAGUUGCUGUCUAAAUUGUCUUGACUUUUCCAUUCUUCAAAGACUCCUGAUCAUCAUUUACAAAAAUAGUCAUAUUUUAUUUUUAAAAAACACCAUGCAUAUUACAUUCAGAAAAAGACUCUUGAUCGUCUUCAUUUUUUAAAAUGCGUACCUAUUGUGUUAAAACAGAUUGUGAGUCGGUAUAGUUCUCUGCCGUGGCCGUCAUGUGAUCGACAGGUUGCAGUUCCACCGUUCAGCCUCACGGUGUCGCCGCCUGCCACAAAGUGCGCAAAGGGAAGCCGGUCGAGUUUUGGAAAUGAUGUGAGGCUGCCACAUAAUGAUCACUGGCGUGUCACAAACAGUCAGUCACCACCAAGUCUUUCAGAGUCACUUUGGAACAUAUUAGUGGGAUUUUUAAUGAGUAGUUAAAUAACAAUAAUACCCGACUUCGCUAUUAAAGUAGUUUGUCACCAUGACAACGACAACUCCACUCCUUGGGUGUCAUCCAGGGGGUUGCUGAAGUUUUUGCCUUGAUGGACAUGCGCACAGAUGUUUUUUUUUUUUUUUUAGACAGGCACAUCUGCACUGACGUCACCCACUCCAUGAAAGAGAGAGAGAGAGAGAGAGAGAGAGAGAAAGAGAGAACUGGCAAUUUGAAAGCCGGACUAGUGGGACAUACCCCGGUGAGUGCGAUGAGUAGGAGCAGCCUCCCUCCUCCACAGCCGAAAGUCCUACUCGCUUUGCAUGCAUGCAUGCAUGCGUGCACAACCCCCCACCACCCACCCUCACCCCUUGUCCCCUCCUCUUGCAACCUCAACUCACUUUUUAAGCCAGCCUGAGUCAAGAUUAUAACGGCUUGGAAAUAGAGAGCCCCGUUGCAGGAGAGUGCAUUGUUUUUUUUGUUUUUUUCUUUUUUAAAUUGUUUUUUUUUUUCCAACUGGGUUGCUUCAAUGCGCAGCCGAGAGGAUGAACGAGGAGCCAGCCAGGAGAUGAGCGCAGGAGCACGCACCGGGCCGGUGCUUCGUGGAGCGGACAUCGGCUUUUUGGACACGCAUCCCGCACACUUGGACCGGAGCUGACCACCACGAACGCAGAUGGAUGGGCUGAGGCAAGUUUCCGAUGUAGAGCUUCCACUCUGGAGUUCCACCUGAGCGUCUGAUGGAUCGCCGUGUUUUGGCUGAGCUGCGGACAUGAAUCGUGAGGUCUGCACCACGACGUGGACGUGCUCGCCUCUGGGAGAAAUCUGAGCAUCCGUGAUACACACAGACCUUUUUUUUUUUCCAAGCCAGCGAGGGGACGCAAACCAUGGAGUUGUUAUGGUUUGGCUUUGGACUGAGCGCAUGUUUUUAGUCCGACUGUAGCACCCUCUUCCCUUUCCUCCUCCUCCUUCUCCAUCCAGUCCCCCAGUCCCGUAACCCGCCACCCCCUCCCCCAUGUCACAUCUUUCCCAGAAUUAUGGAAAUUUUGUGGAAGACGCUGACUUGGACAUUGAGCCUGGUGGUCAUGGCUGCUUCUGAAUUUCAGAGCCUCGAUCGACUUUCACACAACUCUCAAGAGGAGUUCCUGUCCUACCUGCAGCACUACCAGCUGACUGUCCCUGUGCGAGUUGAUGAGAAGGGAGAGUUUCUGAGCUACACUGUGAAGCACCACCGACCCGGCCGACGGAGACGCGGGGCGGCUAACCCCUUGGCGGGCCCGUACCUGGAGCCGCCCGAGUCCCAGCUUUUCUACAGACUCUCUGCCUACGGGAAGCAUUUCCAUUUAAACCUGACUCUCACCCCUCACCUGGUUUCCAAGCACUUCACGGUGGAGUACUGGGGCAGCGACGGCAUGGAGUGGCGCCACAAUCUGGUGGAUAACUGCCACUAUGUGGGAUUCUUGCAGAACCGGCGGAACGCCACUCUGGUGGCGCUCAGCAACUGCAACGGCCUGCACGGCGUCAUCACGACAGAGGAAGAGCAGUAUUUAAUCGAGCCAUUAAAGAACAUAUCCUCCCCCACCAGCGACUGGAACCUGGAGGAAGCACAGCAACACGUUAUUUAUAAAAUGUCCGCCAUGCCCUCGUCGCAGGAACAGAGCCAGGAGUUGAGUUGCGGCAUUUCAGACCUGGUCAAAAACAGUGCUCCCUCACCAGUCCGAGCGUCCGCCACCCCCCAACGUGAAGAUACGGGCCGCAAUGACACCCACCGAACGCGGCGCUCCGUCAGCACCGAGCGUUUCGUGGAGACACUGGUGGUGGCUGACAAGAUGAUGGUCGGCUACCACGGCCGCAAAGACAUUGAGCACUACAUCCUGUCCGUCAUGAAUAUUGUUGCCAAACUUUACCGUGAUGCCAGUCUAGGAAAUGUUGUGAACAUUAUUGUGACGCGGCUCAUCGUUCUGACCGAAGAUCAGCCCAACCUGGAGAUCAACCAUCAUGCUGAUAAGUCCUUGGACAGCUUCUGCAAAUGGCAAAAGUCCAUCCUGUCCCACCACAGCGACGGCGGCAACAGCAUUCCGGAGAACGGGAUGGCCCACCACGACAAUGCUGUGCUCAUCACACGGUAUGACAUCUGCACCUACAAGAACAAACCCUGUGGAACAUUAGGCUUGGCAUCUGUGGCGGGAAUGUGCGAGCCAGAGCGGAGCUGCAGCAUCAACGAAGACAUCGGCCUUGGCUCAGCUUUCACCAUCGCGCACGAGAUCGGCCACAACUUCGGCAUGAACCACGACGGCAUCGGCAACUCGUGCGGCACCAAAGGCCACGAGACGGCCAAGCUGAUGGCGGCGCACAUCACGGCCAACACCAACCCCUUCUCCUGGUCGGCCUGCAGCAAAGACUACAUCACCAGCUUUCUCGACUCAGGUCGGGGGACGUGUCUGGACAAUGAACCUCUGAAACGAGACUUCCUGUACCCAACAGUGGCUCCGGGGCAGGUGUACGACGCCGAUGAGCAGUGCCGCUUCCAGUAUGGGGCGUCCUCGCGGCAGUGCAAGUAUGGGGAAGUGUGUAGAGAGCUCUGGUGCCUUAGCAAAAGCAACCGCUGUGUUACAAACAGUAUUCCUGCCGCCGAGGGAACGCUGUGCCAGACGGGGAGCAUCGAGAAAGGGUGGUGCUACCAGGGCGAGUGCGUGGUGUUCGGGACCUGGCCACAGAGCGAGGAUGGAGGCUGGGGUCCCUGGUCCACGUGGGGGGAGUGCAGCAGAACCUGUGGCGGCGGCGUCUCCUCGUCCGUGAGGCACUGUGACAGCCCAGCGCCUUCCGGAGGUGGGAAGUACUGCCUCGGGGAGAGAAAGCGCUAUAGAUCCUGCAACACUGCCGCCUGUCCUCCGGGAUCCCGCGAUUUCCGGGAGAACCAGUGUGGCGACUUUGACAGCAUGCCUUUCCGCGGGAAGUACUACAACUGGAAGCCUUACACCGGCGGUGGCGUCAAGCCGUGCGCCCUCAACUGCCUGGCAGAGGGAUACAACUUCUACACCGAACGCUCUCCGGCCGUCAUCGAUGGCACGCGGUGCCAGGCCGACUCUUUGGACAUAUGCAUCAACGGCGAGUGUAAGCACGUGGGCUGCGACAACGUGCUGGCGUCAGACGCCAAGGAGGAUCGAUGUCGAGUGUGCGGCGGCGGCGGCAGCACCUGCGAGGCCACCGAGGGACUCUUCAACGAUUCGCUGCCCCGAGGAGGCUACAUGGAGGUGGUCCAUAUCCCCAAGGGUUCCGUUCACAUUGAGAUUCGAGAGGUCACCGUAUCGAAGAACUACAUCGCUUUGAAAUCCGAGGGGGACGAUUAUUACAUCAACGGCGCGUGGACCAUCGACUGGCCGAGGAAGUUCGACAUUGCUGGCACUGCUUUCCACUACAAGAGGCCCACCGACGUACCAGAGACUUUGGAGGCCCUAGGAGCCACCACAGAGAACCUGAUUGUCAUGAUCCUCCUCCAGGAGCAGAACCAGGGCAUCCGCUACAAGUUCAACGUGCCCAUCCAGCGCACGGGAAGUGGUGACAACGAGGUGGGCUUCUCCUGGUACCACCUGCCCUGGUCUGAGUGCUCGGCAACGUGUGCCGGAGGCUCCCAGAAGCAGGAGGUGGUGUGCAAGCGGCUGGACGACAACUCGGUGGUCCAAAACAGCUACUGCGACCCGGACGGCAAGCCCCCCGAAAACCAGCGGGACUGCAACAUCGAGCCGUGCCCACCAGAGUGGUUUAUCGGGGACUGGUCCGAAUGCGGUAAGAGCUGCGACGGCGGCAUCCGGACCAGGACGGUCCUGUGCAUCAGGAAGAUCGGGCCGGCCGAGGAGGAGACCCUGGAGGACACCCACUGUCUUACCCACAGACCCAUCGAGCAAGAGGCCUGCAACAACCAGUCCUGCCCACCCAAGUGGGUCACUCUGGACUGGUCCGAGUGUACGCCCAAAUGCGGGCCCGGCUUCAAGCACCGCAUCGCCUUGUGCAAGAGCAGCGACCUGACCAAAACCUUCCCACCCGCCCACUGCCCGAGCCACAACAAGCCACCGGUUCGGAUCCGCUGCAGCCUCGGCCGCUGUCCUCCUCCGCGCUGGAUCCCCGGCGAAUGGGGGCAGUGCUCGGCGCAGUGCGGCUUGGGCCAGCAGAUGCGGACGGUGCAGUGCCUGUCCUACACCGGGCAGCCGUCCAACGAGUGCGCCGAGACCCUCCGGCCCGCCACCAUGCAGCAAUGCGAGAGCAAGUGCGACGCCACGCCCGUCUCCAACGGCGACGAGUGCAAGGACGUCAACAAAGUGGCCUACUGCCCACUGGUGCUCAAGUUCAAGUUCUGCAGUCGGGCCUACUUCCGCCAGAUGUGCUGCAAGACCUGUCAGGGCCACUGAGGCCCACACAAAGACGGGAUGCCCGCGGGCCAGGAAAGGAGCACCGCCGACCAUUCCGGAGCGCCCGGAUUGGGAAGGCGACCCUUCGCGGCUGGCCGAAGAGCCAAACCACUGCUCAGCAGUCACGCUGACACAAAAACUGUUCACUUCUGUGAAGUGGAGCUCGGAGGAGGAUCGGUUGGUGAUGUUAUUUUAUUAUAAUAAUAAUUCCUGGUGCCAUUGUUGCGUCUUCCUCAGAGUUGCUGUUCGAUCCUAAGUACUGGACACGUGACUGACAAGAGGACGAACGUACGGACGGGCGAGAAACGCUGUCACCGGGCGGACUUUUGGCUUGGCUGCACUGUUUUUUAUGUAAAUACUUAACCGCCAAGGAGAUACGACAGAGCAGAGCAAGCCCCGCCCCUCCCAUUCAUCAACGUACUGUGUAUUUAUUAUACAAGAGUCACAUUGUAGCCGACUGUCUUGGAAGCAAAUGUAAUGUGAUUGGAUGAAACGCUGACAUACUGUAACGCGGUGUUUCCCAACCUUUAUUGAGCCAAGGCAUAUAUUUUACAUAAAAAAAUCAAUAUUUUUUUUUAAAUCUCAUGGCACACCCACUAAAGAAAAAAAUGUCACAAAACGUAUUCAUACUGAAGUAGACUUGCAAAGGGGUACAGCAUUUGUGUUACAGUUUACAAUUACAUUACAAGUUAAGAUGGGGAAUUUUGGGAAUAUUCCAAAUUGGAAACUUUCCAUGGGAAUUGAGUGUAAUUUCAUGGAAAGGUAUCAAAUUCAAGCAUUGAUGAGCAGACAUGCAUGCAAAAUAGAAAGCUCUCCUUGCCAACGUGCAUUACAGGACUCGUUCACUGCCAGCAGUUUUUUGACAGAAUAUUGUGUUCUGUGGCAAUAUAAAACACUAAAUCGGUAGAAAAAGUCGACUCUUCUUUCACCACGAAAAACAAAAAAAGUUGUUCUACCUUUUUUCGUUGAUUAGGAAGCAGCUUAAGAACAUGGCUUGGUCUAACCAAAAACACCCGUUUCUGAUCAAUGAUGAUGCCACGGCACCAUCUACAGUGAUCUGUUAGUCCUUAAACCUGAAUUUCCCGGACAACCUGGGCAAGACCCUCUUCCACGCCUGAAAAAUGUAUUUGACGAAUAUAUACCUUGACGGCAGUCAACAGUUGAUGAAUAUAAAUGUCCAGUGAAUGUAAUUAUUGGUUUCUUCCCAUGAAUUUCCAUUCAUCCCCACUGUUUCCAGGUAUUAAAAUGAUUGGAAUUUUGUAACUCUAUUGAAUUAAUAAUGAUCUUGUCUCAAUUUAUUUACUCCGUGUGAAAUCUGGGCCUGUUCAGUGAAACACAGCAAAUAUUCUGUUGUAUGAAUGGAAACAAGUGGAUACACAAGUUAAUUGUACCUUCACCCAUCUUGUGGAAGAGCAAUUAUUGCUUCUGCCUGUCACUAUACAUUGCUAGCAUAGAUAGAUGAACAAAAUACAUUAUUUCUCAUAAAUCAUUAUUUUCGGACCAUUUAGGUGAAAUUGGAUAAUUUCCAGUGGUUGGGAAUCAUUGCAGUAACAUAAUGUUGCAUUUGUAUCCUGCCAGGACGUCAAUAUCGUGUAUAUUCCGCCAUCACAAGGCUGUAGCGGGACUUCAACUCUCUGAAUUAAUGACACCGUCAAAUUUAGUGGAUAUUUUCAUCUUUCUUAAAUUCCUCCAGCCAAUGAGAACAAAAAUGCCCAAAGUCAAUUUGGUGCUUGUGGUGCUAAUCAUGGUAAAUGCUGGUUGUGUUCUUGUCAUGUUAUUUGUACCUCACACUGGGAAUGUAUUUGAUAUAGUAUUGUAUUGUACAAGAAAGAAAAAAAAAAAAAAAAAAAAAAAAAAAGCAUCCCGUCACCCACAAGCCAUCAUUGCUGGCUCAGGAAAGGGAAACUUCAUAUCAGAUUUUUUUGUUUUUGUUUUGUUUUGCUGUUGUUGUUGCUGCUGUUGCUACUUUUUGGUAGCCAACGUCAACGUCGUUCCUUGAAGGAGGCCGUCAGGAGACGGCGAAAAGGACAGCGGGAGAGCGUUUGGAUUCAAAAUGCUUGGACUUAAAAAAAAAAAAAAAGUGAAAUCAAAUUAAGCUGGUACUCGUUGCUGUGAACUUUUUGAAUGUCACGUUGCUUACGUACAAAAAAAAGAGACUGAAAAGCAUCGUGAUGAGCAUCGUAUAUUUUAUAUUCAGUAUUAAUGUUGCUACACUGUUACUAAUUUCUACCCCCCCCCCCCCCCCCCAAAAAAAAAAAAAUGUAAAUUAUAUGCUAAUUUAUUGUGUUGUCUCACAUGUACAUUUAUUUUCACUACAUGCAAAAUUGACAUUUUAGCAUCGUGGGGGAAAAAAUGCAGUGACGCAGCCCCUCACUCAUUUUUAAAAACAAAAAGUUAGACAAUAAAACGAGCUGAUUUUAAA